AUGCGGAGGCAUCACAGCAAGAAUGCACAGAAAAAAAGAAACAAAAACAGAACACGGAAGAGUCACGGCAUCGGAUCACUAGCGACAGGCGAUUUAACAGACGCAGAGAUCCAAGAAACCCUCAAAAAGGAAUUGGAUAUGAUGAGUCAAAUCAAGGGAGUUAGCCACAUUGCCACGAAUAAGAUCUUUAUGAAGCACGAUCGCCCAAUUAAACAGAGGUCCAGCUGGUUGCAGGAAGCCAACCCAGGCCGCUCCGGUAGGCAGACAAGCGCCAGCCAGGAAACCAAUUCCUACACCGACCACGGCAACAACACGGCAAACGAUGGCGACACCAACAACCAGGGAAAUGACCACGGCAACAACACGGCAAACGAUGGCGACAUCAACAACCAGGGAAACGACCACGGCGACAACACGGCAAACGAUAACAACACCAACAACCAGGAAAACGACCACGGCAACAAAACGGCAACCGAUGACAACAACAACAACCAAGGAAACGACACGGCAAACAACGGACAACGAAGCACGACCCCUCACGCCCAGGACAACAACCGGAACAAAAAGGAACAAGCUGGCUGA